UCUCAUCCACAGCACUUGUUCUUGAGAGUGGUGUUAUUAACACUUCUAUCAGUGACCACCUACCAGUGUACGUCCUACUAAAGUUAAAGGCCCCAAAGAUGCCAGCAUGUUACAUUACAACUAGGAGUUAUAAAAACUAUAAUCCCUCACUAUUUUCCUCUGACCUUGUCACUAAAUCGGAUCGUCUGUUAUCCAUAUUAUCCAACACCAACGUCAAUACAAUACUCGAAACCUUCAAAGAUGUUCUUCACUCAACUCUCGACGUGCAUGCACCGUUAAAAACCUUCAAAAUUCGAAAUCGAUCAUGUCCAUAUGUCACCAAUGAAAUAAAAGAACUCAUGAAGUCUCGGGACCUACACCUCCGUCGGUUUCAACUGACACGUGAUGAAGGUGAUUGGGUAGUUUACAAAGAAUAUCGUAAUAACGUAAAAACCAAAAUUAAAGCCGCAGCGAAGGACCACACCUUCAACGAAGUAAGAGAACAUAAGCACAAUUCGAGAUCCCUAUGGAAAAUAAUUAAUAAUAUAAUUCCCUCGAAGGAAAAGGAAACACAAGUUUAUAGUAAAGAUCCAAAAACAGUUGCAGAAGAUUUCAACCUUUUUUUUACUUCUGUGGGACGGAACGCUGCUGCGACAGCCGAAAGUUUAACCAAAGACAACAAUGUUGCACUGUCAAAUCCUCUGUCAAAUGUAAUCACUUAUCCAUCUGAUCAACUGUUCAAUUUCCAAUCCGUUACUUGUACAGAGGUUCAACGCAUUAUCAUGGCUAUGCCAAGUAAUAAGUCACCAGGACCAGAUAAAAUAGGCAUGCGUGUCAUCAAAGACUGUCAUCAUACUGGGUCCUCUUACGCAUGUGAUAAAUUGCUCUCUAAUGACAAGCACAUUCCCUGA